AUGAACUCAGCCCCAAAUCCCUAUAUGCCCAACACCAUCCCACAUGUUCUUUCGCCGGAGGUUCCGAUGGAGAGGACCGAUCCACACACCGAAAGUACCGGCAGCGUGUCGGGCAUCGUCGUUGGGCAGAAGUUCAAAACAAGCAAUUGGAUGGAUACCCAAAAAGCAUUGAACAGUACUUGUGGUCUGGAACACCAUUACGAGAUAACACAAAUCACGAGUAAGCAUGAUCGGUCGAAAGUGCAGUGGCAUCUAUUCUACAAUAUGCUGCAUAAUACAAUCGGGUUCGGUUGGGAUUAUGCAACCGGGAAGAUCACGGGCGGUGACGAAGUUUGGAGCCGGUGGAUUACGGGGCGUCCACAGGACAAGGACAUGAAGAGGCGGGUGUGCGUGCACUACUAUGAGCUGACCACAAUUUUCAACGGGACCACUGCAACUGGUGCAAGGGCAUCUACACAAACACCGGAAGGAACAAGCAGGCGUCGUAGAAUCAACACGGCAGUGACGCCCAACUACUUGUUUCCCGAGGAGUUAAGUGAUGAGCCAAUGAACACCCCGGACAAUGACAGGUGCACUUGUCACCGUAAAGGGACUACUUCCACAUUCGACAAUGCCACGAAUUCUAUUACUGAAGCAAGCCGCAUAAUCCAACAAAACGUGCAUCCAGAAGCUGAUCAAAAGAGCCUCUAA